CUCUCUCUCUCUCUCUCUCUCUCUCUCUGUCUUAACAGACAGGAUGAGCAGUCUUUUGGAGGAAACAGAAUAGUCAAACCUCACAGACAUGGUCUCUGGAGAGCGCCUGCUCUUCCUCUCCGCUCCCGGGGGAGUGCUCUCCCUCCUCUUCCUCCACGGUGUGGGGGCACUUGCAUCUCAGGUGAUCAACAAGACAGAAGGAGAGAGUGUGCUGUUUCAGUUAAACAGCUUUAGGAGAGAAGACCAGUAUGAGGUUGUGUGGUGGAAUUUUAAUGACACAAAAAUAGCAGAAAAAAAUUAUGGGACAGAGCCGGAAUAUCCAAGUCAGUUGUUUGGAGGAAGACUAGAAAUGAACACCGGAAAUUUCAGUUUGACAGUGAAGAGCCUAGAACUAAAGGACUCUGGGAUAUUCAGUGUUGUGUCGGAUGUAUCCGAGGGAGAUCAACCAGGCACACAGGACAUCCCUCUUCAAGUCUACAAGUCUAUAACUGAGGCAAAAAUCGACUCCAACUCUACCUGGCAGUCGGAGAGUAGCUCGUGUGACGUCUUGGUGAGCUGCUCUUCUCCAGGACACAGCGAUGUGUCCUACACCUGGUGGAUAAACAACCAGACCCACCAUUCCCCCCAGGUGAAAUUCUCCCUACCAGCAGGGCGAGCCACCGUGAGCUGCACCGCCCAGAACCCCGUCAGUCAUAAAACCGCAUCACAAACAGUGACGUGCAUCAAGGAAACUGCGCUGGAUUCCACAGAAGGCCAGUAUGUCAUCAUCGGUGUUUCAGCAUUUGCUGUCCUUCUCCUCUUCCUUAUUGUGGCCUUGGUCUGCUAUAAAUGCAGAAAAACUGAGGCAAACACAGACCUGAUAGCAGACACCAUAUAUGCUGACAUUACGGACAACAUAGGGAUGAAAGACAAGCCAGCUAGCAACACCAUCAACACUGACUCCAUCUACGAAACUGUCAAAGACCAUGUUGUAAUACCUGCAAACAAGCCUCUGUCGGUUUACGACACGAUCCAGUUCGAUCGAACGGCGGCGCCCGACUCCGCCGGGGUGUCUCAGUAGCAGCAUGUGCUUUAGCUGUAGCGCCGGUUAAAAAAAAAAAAAAACGGAUCUCAGCCGUGACACCUAGCCUACUGAAGACGUGCGUUGUCCUGUUCUGGGUUGCUUUUAUGGUUAUUUGUGAUCCCCAACAAGGAAGUAAAUGCUGAAUGAACAGUGUGCAUUGGGAUGGCAGCAUCUAGCUCAUGUGGAUGCUCUUGAGGUUGUCAAGGUAACCUAUUUGCUAUUAUGCUAAGCUAAUGCUGUAUACAUUAUUGAUACAUUAAGCAGUAUUAUGUCAAAUGAAUGGAUUUUAUACUUUACUAUUCUUGAUGUCAUCAGUGAAAUUGUUUUUUUAUCCAGUGUAUAUUUUCUUUUUCACGAGGAAGCUAAGAUGUAGGCUAUUUGUAUAGAACAGCUAAUAAAUAAGAUAAAAUAAAUUACAGACUUGUUAUUUCUUUUACCAAAAAUAAUGUAAUGAUUAUAUGAAAUCAUGUUCCAAAUCA